ACUAUGCUGAACGAUAGCGCUUAUCUUCCCUCCUGGGUAGCUCUCAUAUGCAUUUUGGGUGCGGCCUUGAUGUGGUAUCUUACUCGGGAGCAAAGUCCUGCUCCUAGUCCCGAGCCGUAUAAAGACUCUAAAGGCCGUCUAGUCUUCUCCUUUGCCGCAUUACAGCGCUUUGAUGGUCGUAAUAAUGCUGACAAGAAAAUGUACAUGGGCCUUAAGGGAAAGGUCUAUGAUGUCACUAAAAGCCGUAUGCUUGGGGUGCCUGGCGAGCACUACGCUAAGAUAUGGGCUGGCAAGGACUGCACCGUGUCUAUGUGCCUGCUCUCGCUGAAGCCUGAAGAUGCCAACCGAACAGAUUGGGAUGAAGUCCAGAAGGAGAAGCCUCAGUAUAGGAAGGCCCUUCUCUCGUGGGUGAAGCAUUUCCACGACAAAUACCCUGUAGUUGGGUAUGUUGAGGAAUACAUAAAGGACGGUCGGGAUCUCGAGGCUGAGGAUAAGCAGGACUUUAUCGAGAUAGAGGUGAUAGAGAAGGCCAAGGCGGCUGAGAAGGCGGCAAUCCUUGAGAAAAAGAAGAAGGAAGCUGCUGCUGCUGCUAAAAAAGCAGAGGCCCAAUAAGCUCUUAAGCUUUGUUUCAUUACACUGUCU